AUUAAUCGAUGUUCGCAGCCGUCUAACAGGACGUGUAAUCGAAUACGACGUCAUUGGUUCAAAUAUGGCGGAUCCCAAACAAGCAAACCAGAAAAGCAUUAAAAUAGCUGCUGGUGCAGUGGUGUGUGUUGAGAGUGAUAUCAGAGGAGAUGUCACCAUUGGGCCGAGGACCGUGAUCCACCCGAAAGCCCGGAUUAUUGCAGAUGGUGGUCCGAUCAUCAUAGGAGAAGGCAACCUGAUAGAAGAACAAGCGCUCAUCGUAAACAGUUAUCCUGAAAACAUCAUGCCUGGCACAGAGGAUUAUGAACCCAAGACCAUGACAAUAGGCACCAACAAUGUUUUCGAAGUCGGCUGCGUCUCCCAAGCGAUGAAAAUUGGGGACAACAACGUAAUUGAGUCGAAAGCUGAAGUGGGCCGUAACGUGAUCCUGACGAGCGGCUGCAUCAUCGGCGCAUGCUGUCGGCUCAACACGUGUGAGGAGAUUCCAGAGAACACGGUCAUCUACAGCUCCACUUGCAUGAGGAGAGUACAGACCGAGAGACCUCAGCCCCAGACUCUGCAGCUGGACUUCCUGAUGAAGAUUUUACCCAACUAUCAUCAUCUGAAGAAGACGCAGAAGAUUAACCCGACUCCCGCCCGCACUUGAAAUCAUUCCACCGCUUUGCUCUGCUAAAUGCUAAAAAAAAUCUAUCACAUGCUAACAACCUGUCAGUUUUAUUUACUUCAUGUACUGAGGUUUAGUACAGUCAAAGAACCUAUUGUUUCUGUACUGUCUUGUAUUAAACUUUGAUUAUUUAUUGUCUGAUAUUAAAGGCUUCCUCAUCCAGCUGUCUUUAUCCCA